UUGCUACCACUGCUGGGACUCAUCGUCUAUACAUUAUUGGGAGCAAUCCUGUUCAGCGAAUUAGAAGGCCCAAACGAACAAUAUGAGUUGGAGCAACUGAAGAAACAACGGAAAGAACUUUUUGAGAAUACCGUAUAUCGACUGAACAACGUGCGAGCCAUGCAGCCAAUGGCGGCUCUGAACCACACGCGAAAGAGUCUCAUGAAAUUUCAAGAGAAACUUGGUAUAGAACCAGUCAAUCUUGAAGAAACGCGAUGGAAUUUCUGGGGAGCGGUGUUUUACUGUAUGACUGUUUACACCACGAUUGGUUAUGGUAAUAUCGUUCCGGCGACGACACCAGGCCGUGUACUAACUAUACUUUACGCGUUCAUUGGAAUUCCAUUUGCCGUUCUCACGCUAUUCGCAUUAGGAGCGAUAUUUGCACGAAUUUGCAAAUUGCUUUGGAAACUGGUGCUCAAGUCGACAACGGCGGUGAACGCGGCCAUAGGAUUCGAUGAGGGUGGUCAGAUGUCGCGCUCUUCCUCUUCACUCGAUGAUGAGGACCUUCUCUCGUUUCCAAUUUCGUUUCUUAUCUUUCUGACAAUACUCUGGGUACUGUUCUGCGCUUGGAUAUUCACACUGAUCGAGGAUUGGAGCUAUGGGUUAUCAUUGUAUUUCACACUGAUAUCAUUCACAACUAUUGGCUUCGGAGAUGUCCUCCCAUCCGAAUAUGAUUACAUCAUCAUUGUCGGCUUCCUCCUACUCAUUGGCCUCUCAUUAGUCUCUACUGUGCUUACGCUUAUUCAGCAACAGAUUGAAGCUCUCGCUUCCGGGAUGCAAGCAAACAUCGAUCGUGAAUAUAUGAAUGCACUCGCAGAGGCUGCUGAUGAAGGGGCAAUCUCUGAUGCGGACUUCAAACGAAUGCAUAGUGGUAACAGCUCCGUGGAAGCAGCAGAUGUAUCGGAACACAAA